UGUCGAGGUUUAAGAAUCUGAUCGCGCAAUUUUUCUGGUUCGCGAUCGUUGCAGCGUUCGAUUCGUGUUGUCCCUGACAGAGCUGCUUGAAAAGUAGCUUCUGAUUACACGGGAGCGACGCUGUGGUUGAGCUAAGAAGGGACAAGUGUCGUUGAGAGCUUCAGUGCAGGAGAAGUGAGCUUAGUUGUUUUGCAUUGGAGCGAUUGCUGGAGUAUCGAAUUUUUUCCGUUGGGGUUUGAGAAUGGGGUGCAGUAAUGUCGUAACUGGGGUGGUGAAUUUCCUCAUGUUGAUGCUGUUGUUGCCGAUAAUCGGGUUCGGGGUUUGGUUGGCGAAGAAGCAUGAUUCUGAGUGCGUGCGGUUCCUGCAAUGGCCGGUCAUUGUUCUGGGAAUGUUUGUUCUGGUGGUUUCAAUGGCGGGACUCUUUGGGUCCUGGUGCGGGAACAGGCCUCUCAUGUGGACUUACCUGUUCGUCAUGUUUGUCCUUAUUUUCCUGCUCUUCGUCUUGACACUUCUUGCAUUCGUCGUCACCAAUUCUGGAGCAGGACGAGUUGUGUCAGGGAAAGGAUUCAAAGAGUAUAAGCUUGGAGAUUACUCCAACUGGUUGCAGAAGCGGGUGGAUAACCCUUUAUAUUGGUCCAAGAUUAAGAGCUGCUUAGCUGAUGGUCAGGUGUGCAGCGAUCUAUCUCAGUAUGCCACAGCAGAUGUCUUCAAUAACGCAUCUCUUACCCCUGUUGAGUCUGGAUGCUGCAAGCCAAAAUCAGACUGCGGGUACACCUUUCAGAAUGCCACAACCUGGCUCGGAAACUCAUCAGGGAGUGCAAACGCUGACUGCCGAGCUUGGAGCAACACCCAAACCCAGCUGUGUUUUGAUUGCAAUUCAUGCCGAGCUGGUGUGCUGCAGAAUGUGAAGUCCAACUGGCGCAGAGUCGCAGUCGUCAACAUAAUUGUGCUUGUGUUCAUAAUAUUCGUCUAUUCCUGUGGAUGCUGCGCUUUAAAAAGCUCUAAGCGAGAGCAAGAUAAUUUCAAGUACAGGUAUGGAUAUGCUUAGUCCCAACUAACAACCAAAACAUAUACAUAUAUAUAUAUGUGUGUGUGUGUGUGUGUAUAAAUGGCUACCAGUAGCAUCAAACGCCUGCAGGGUUUUAAGCCAUACUUACACAUGAGGCAACACGCUUCUGCUAAAGAUUGGGCCAAUCGUCCUCAACUUAUCUCGGUACCUUUAAGAAGGACGCCAAACGAGUCCCGCAUCGAGUUCACUCCGGAUCCGCAAUUCACAAUUCUGCUUCUGUUGGAGAUGUGGUGCGAUCCUCCAUGAAUUUGUUUAGGUCAUGUCUAGUGCUAUGACUAUUUUAUAGAAAUAUCUGGGUGCACAUGCUUCACAGGGAAUGAUGCUACGGCACAUCUAAUCAAUGACAGUGCUGAUGAUCACAAUAGAGACUACACAAGGUGAUAAAUCGAUCCAAAGCUGGGAUAUCUGAGAGCUUAUCAGACCCUUAGUAUGCAAUUCCGAAAUCUUAACUGAAUGCUCAAGACUCAUCCGUUCUUUCAUUUUGUUCAAAGUCAAUAGAAUAGCUUCAACAAAUGUAAAUACCUUGGUUUUAUGGUUUAUCUCAAAAAUGUCGAGUGGGUUCCACUGAAUUGAGUACAAAGUGAUGGGCUGAUGUGAGAGUUAAACUUCAGUGGUGCUGCUUUACUUAUGUUAACUCUAUACUGAAAUGAGUGUUUAGAUUGGUGUAAGAAUAAUGUAUUUAUCAC